AAUUAAAAUGAAAAAGGCUGGGGAUGUAGCUCAAUAGAUCAGUGGUAAAGCGCCCCCAGGUUAAAUCCCCGGUUUUAAAAAAAAAAGUUUUUGCGAAAACUACAGAACAGACUCAGACGGGUAAUUUGAAUUUAUUUUACUGGUCUGAAGAAAAAUCCUCGCUUGAGAUGAGAUGCAACUUUCUAGGGGAAACUAAGGCGACUCAAUGGUCUACGUAUUUUGUAGUCCUCCGAAAUGGAGGAAGGAUUUAUUCACGAAGCAAGAUACCUUUAACGUUUCUCCGAAACUUCGAGGGCACAAUGGGUAUCCAUCGAGAUGGCAGGAUAUUCAGCGAACCAAAAUAUUUCACUAGAUCCCCUAGCUCUGUUAAAAAAGAGAGCGGGUCUAUUCACGUGGACCGUCCAGAUCGCACACUCGGCCUUCGAUUGGUCGGGCCUGCUCCGGGUCCGGAAAAAAGCGGAAGCGCGCUCUUUUAAAGUCGCCGUUCGAACGUCGAGGGACGCUGGCCACUUCCGGCUUAGCCAUGGCGGCUAACGCUACAACCAACCCGUCGCAGCUGCUGCCGCUAGAGCUUGUGGACAAGUGUAUAGGAUCAAGAAUUCACAUUGUGAUGAAGAGUGAUAAGGAAAUUGUUGGAACACUUCUAGGAUUUGAUGACUUUGUCAAUAUGGUGCUGGAAGAUGUCACUGAAUUUGAAAUCACACCAGAAGGAAGAAGGAUUACUAAAUUAGAUCAGAUUUUGCUAAAUGGAAAUAAUAUAACAAUGCUGGUUCCUGGAGGUGAAGGACCUGAAGUAUGAAAGAAUUUCCUUGACUUAUGCUAGAUUCCAUUUUGUUUUAUAAUGGCAACAAAAUAGAUUUUUUUUUAAUCUUCUAAUGUUUAGAUUCUCUAAAGCUAAUUUUCCCGUUAAAGGGAAAUGCUUUGAAGAUGUAUUGUAUAACCAUUUUUCUAAGUUAAUCAUGAUUAUCUUGGAAAAAGAAGAAAUUAGUGUGUUUUUUGAAGACAAAAAUAAAGGUGUUUUUGGUUAACUGUUAUUUAUUACACUACAGUAGCCAGAGGAACAAAGA